ACACAACAACAAAAAUUUUUACACAUUAUUAUCCUUCCCAUUAUUACCUUUAGAAAGAAUAUUUAAAAUGUGUGCUUAAAUCUAUUAUAGUUUUAUCUAAGAAAAAAAGAGAUUAAAAGUUUUAAAAUAAAAAAAACUGUUAAUACCUACAAAAAGUUGUUGUUACAAACCCCCAUAAAUAUGUUAUCGUGAAAUUAAAAUUAAUUCACCCGUCCACUAUGGCGUUCAUACGAAGAAGUUACAAAUAAAAUUGCUAACCAUUACUGAUCCAAAUAUAUUAUUCAAUUCCCAAAUUUUUACAAAAAAAUUCCCCACUACUACUGAAAACAUUACCAAUACAAUGUCGUCUACUGAUCCAAUGAUUUUUUCUGCUGAUUCAAUUAUGUUUGAAUCGACGGAUACCCUUGCCCCAACCACUCUUGCUUUUGACCUUCCUCAAGGACACGUCAAGCAAGAACCAUCUGAUGAGCUUUCGUCGCAUCUUCCAGGUUACUACGGAGAUGCCUCGUCUCAUUCUCAGAUUGAUUCCACCUCGCCUUUUGACAUCCACUCAGCUGUGUUGGACUCUGUGUUCUCCACUUCUGCCGACGAUGCUCAUCCACAGGACCACACUCCUAUGUUUGACGAGUUAGAUCUUAUUGUCGAUGGCGCUAAGGCCAACUCCAAGGAUGAUUGGGUUUCCUUGUUUGGUGGUGAAGAGAAGUCUCUCGCUACUGAAGAUUCAUCAUUGAUGCAAACCAACGUUUCUAACGCUCCUAAAAGACUCUUUUGCGAGAUUGAAGAAACUUUUGAAUUUGCUCCAAUGAAGAAUGUUGAAGUUUCACCACAAGAACAAUUGAACACCCCAAUUCAUUCUGCCAACACCACUCCUUUACUUGAUGUUUCAAAGCCUGUUUCUUUGGCUAACAACACCACCUUUGCUGAGAAGACCGACAAGGUUGAUCACUUGGGUUGUGUUACUUACUCAAAGAAACAAAGAACUCAACCAUUGAACCCAGUGAAAGCUGAUGUCAGUGAUCCAGUUCUUUUGAAGCGUGCCCGUAACACUGAAGCUGCUAGAAGGUCCCGUGCCCGUAAAAUGGAACGUAUGGGCCAAUUAGAAGUUCGUGUUGAAGGUUUACUUCGCGACAAGUCUGACUUGGAGUCUGAAGUUUCUAGAUUGAAGGAGUUGUUGAUGGUUAACGGAAUUAGCUUUUAACCGCUGUCAUUAUGACAAUUUCAGUUCUUGAUGUGUACUCAUUCUGAGUUACUACUU